AAAUACGAAUACUCUCAGACAUAACCGUCCAAAGCCGAUGGUAUCGUUGCGUUGAGGGUCGCCGCGGCAUCUACCAUCUGUGGCCUCCCUGCCCCCCCUACGCUUUAAGUAAUCUAUUCUAGCAGCUUUUCGCUUCGAAAGACUCCUUGUGAGCCGACAGCAGAAGCUUACGAACAACCCCGGGCAGUCGAAAAAGUCGGUUCGGCUGUUAGUGCAUGUGCCUCUGCAUUCGAAAAAAUCGAUGCCAGACUGCAGAAACUUAAUUGAAAACGAAAAGGAGUGAGAAGAUGAAAGCCGACAGCAGUAAGUAUUACUGCUAGACGGUGCGGCUUGUGCAAACCUAAAAAUGAAGAAUUUAAGGACAUAGAAUUAAAACAGCGAGAAGGUAGAGCAAAACCUCCAAUCACUUUCACUCAUUGCAUAGAUGAACAUUAAAAUUGCUUCGCUAACUGGGAAAUUGUAGUCAUCAAAAUAUCCGACAUUAACAAAGAAGCCACUGCCGAGAGUAGGUCUACCGUCGAUGGUUCAAUGAGCAUCUCAUAAUGGCAGCGGCACAUGAAUCGACUAAAGCACGCGAUUCGACCAACGUCGAGACUGAGCGGACGUUUCAUCUGGAGGCAGAGCAAUCCUAUGAUACAAUGGCAGAAUCUCAUCGCGCAUUCCAUUCCCUGGAAUUGGAGACGGCAGCGGAGGUAGCCCUAGAUUUAGAUGCUGCUGUUGAAGCUAACCAAAAAGGACAAAACGAUAAUCAACUGCAGUCGUUGGAACCCAUUUCCUUGGAUGACAUACCUGAGCCAAUAAAAGUCCUCGAUGAGAUUAUUUCAGAAUUUGAGGAGGCAGCAACGAAACCAGUGGCCUUGAACUGCAAUAGUGGCGAGAAUCAGUCUGAGGACGAUGGCUACAUGAGCCUAAGUCGCAAAAACAUGUCCAAAAAGGAUUCCGAAGAUGUACCCCAAACACCCAGCACAGACACUGUGCCCGAGGGAAGUUUCAACGAAGUGGAUGGGACGGCUGAGAAUCUAACUAAAUUAUCUGAGGUUGUACACGAACAGGAAACUACAUCGCCUCUCAUUCAGACAACGCUGCCAAAGGCUCGGGGAUCUUGCUCGACUCCUGCCGUAAACUCAAACUACUCCAGUUUACCGUGCUGUGGUGCCAGAACUUCAAAUUUGGGUGGAGCUUCUGCUGCCAAUUCCUCAAGUCGAUUGUCAGCCAUUAGGCACCCAGGCAGCUGCAACGAGGGUCGCAACGCACUGGGCAUCGACAUUAGCGCUGUGCAUAACGCUGUUCUCCGUGGUAAUUUGGCGAAGCUGCCGGAACCAUUCGUCAACGAACAUCCAGUGACGAUUUACCCAGGUCCCUCUUCCAAGGCAGCCAUGGGGGAGGGAGCUCGCUGCAAGCGGCUACUCAGCUCUGUCGAAAAGCACAAAGAGGUGUGCCACAUGUUGAAUCCACUAUCCAGCGGGUCAAACUCUUCGUCCGGGGAGGCUUCGCCUGCUGCGUCUCACUUCAAUGUCGCGACAUCAAAAGCUGCUGCCAGGGAUGAGGAAUAUUCCGAAGAUUCGCUGGAGGAGUCAACCAUCUCUACUGAACUUACACCCGUUAAACAGAACGGAGUUGCCUGGGAGAUUCACUUUAAAAGCAACAAGAAGAAAUCCAGUGGCUUUAAAAAUACGUCUGCUUCUAAAACGAAAACCCACAAUUUAGACGGCAGUUCCAUUUACAACGAAAGAAGCAUGCUGGGCAAAGGGACUUUUAUUAUCCGUCGCUCCACAUCCAAAAAUCCGCCUCGUGUCACAGAUGUAUUUUGUAUGCCAAAGCCACCACGUUCCUCGUUGGCCGAGGGAGUCGAGACCAAAGUGGGAGCCGGGGCGAUCAGUAAUGAGUUCUACACAAGCGAUAGCGAGCAAAGCGAUGCCACUCCCAUACCACUACCGCUGCCACCAGCUUCAUCUGAGAUAAACUUCGUGUACAAGGAGUCUGAGGCUAAUGCGGAGCAUACACGCCGGGGAUUGGAGAUGGUCGCCGCACACCGAGCGAUCUUAUCUCUUGAUAUCGAGUCACCAGAACAACUUCGCUAUUGCAAGCCUGCGAAGAGCAAGACGGCGAUGCUAACGGAAAAGCGCCUGAGUGCCGAGUCCAUGCCGGACAACACAUCCAGCAGCGAAGAGUUUGACGAGGCGCGUCUGAACGGAAGCGGCAGCUACGAGUUGUAUGGGUACAACGGUAACGAUCAGCGAGCUUCCAACGCAACCACUCCGCAUACAGAUUUGGCCCCAACUCUGGAGGAGGACGAAGAACUUUCAGAUUUAAGCUAUGGGUGUGCUCCACUGAUGCAAAUAGAGCAUAACAUCAGUGCUUUGUUGCGUGGAGACAUUCCAAUUAUCGGGCAACCGGCUGAGAGCAAAGGAGGAGGACUUACUGGUGCCGCAACGACAGCUGCCGAGCUGCAUGCAAAGCGGGUGCUGGAAUUUCGACACGGCGUUCACAAGUCUGAAAGCGCCAAGGAGAUGCUGCUGUCACAGAUGCCCAGUUUGGGCCCACUGCCACCAUCGCCGCCGAGUUCCAACCCGGAUUUAUUUGACUACGAUGCCCCUCUUCCACCGUCACCAGUGGAGCCGCGAAAGCAGCUAGAGCUCCCGGUAGUGCCGAAUACCCCUUCCGCGAAUCGGGGCACUACCGUAGUGGAGGUGCAUGCCACCGCCUCUGGUACGGCGGUGAACAGUAGCAACAGCAACACUCGCCGAAGUGGGGACAAUAUCGCCUCUGCGCGUCACUUUACCGACGAGCUGCCACCGCCCCCAGCGCUAUCCCACCAAUCGGCCAGCUUCUUAGAGGGCAACGGCGGACCUCCUAUGGUCCCCCCACAUCGAGUGACUGGAGGUCAUUCGGCGAAUACAAUGAAAUCCUGGAGUAUCGACUCGCAAUACCGUAAGAAAUCGCCAAAACUAUUUGGCCACUAUAGCAGCGGUGGCAGUGGGAUAACCACACCCACUGGUCUGGGACCGAUUCCUCCACUGCCAGCUCCGCAUUUCGACGGAAUGGCAGGUGGAUCUGGGUCCUACCAUCGUCGUUAUAUUAACUACGGCACCAAGCGCAACCUAAAGCAGUCGCCGCGCGAAGAGCAUCGCCUGCAAACCUCAUGCAGUCUUCCUGAAACGCCCAUUUUUGCCAGAGGCUGUGACAUACCUCGUACCCCAUAUCGACGCCAAAAUGAGCCCCUGCCUGUGGUCAGCGGCUCCCGCACAGCGCCCAGAUCGAGCACAUCGAACAGCAUCAGCAUGGGCGCUUCAAUUUUGGGUAUUGGAGGUGGUAACUAUGGUACAGCCCAAAUUUGCCGUCAGCGCUCAAUAAAUCAUGCCUUGGCCUCUAAUGAAAUGCUUCGCAUGACCGGGGCCCCGGCUCGAGGAUGGUAUCCCAAGCAACGGGGAAUGCGACCAGUCUCCACCGAGAACAUAGAUCGACUGGCUUCCAUGCGGGUGUGGGACAAUUCGACGGGCAUGUCGGGCACCGGACAAUCUCGUAAGCCAUUAACACUGCCACCAAAUCUUACACCUUCCUUCUUGAAUAAAUCACCCCGCGAGGCUCUACGGCGUGUUACUAGUUUGCUGAUAACCAAAAAAAAAAGCAGCAAAGAUCGAAAACAUAAGACAUACUGCGAUCAGCUUAUGGAUGAUAGCAACAGCAAGCAUGUCUAUGAAUUUGAAUCGGUCUUUUUUCUAGGAUCCACCACGCGGAAGGAUACCAAUCGCAAUGACAAUGGAGCCUCGGGGGCGACCACGAAUAACAAACCUAAAAAAAAGGGGCUUUUUAAAUCUCUUUGGAAACGCUCCAAAACUGUCUCCUUAGAUCAGUAAAAUAUCCCCUCUUGGAAGCUUAAACACUGCCCCUUGUUUUUUAUACACAUACAUUUGUGUAUAGUAGCAUCGAAAAUUAUAAUAACCCUGCACUUACAUUAACUUUUAUCGGGUCGAAAGCUGCCAGUUUAUCUUUGCACUCACCCACUCACUCAUCUGCUCAUUCGAUUAGAAAAACGCUUGUGUUCGUUCGCCUUGAAAACAUACACAAAAUAUCGUAAUUGCUCAUACAGUAUUAAGACAAUUGAAAAAUUCAAAUGCACAAAAACCGUGAAUCGUAAAGACUGACAAUGAAAAAAGCGCUAAGAAAGAUUAAAUUAAAUUUAAAAUAUGUGAAAGUAAAUAAAUGAACCUAACAAAUACAAACAAGAUUUCACUUCAAGAAGUUAAAGAAAAUACAGUGUAAAGUGAAUGUGCGGUCAACACUCAACUUUUAAAAUACUAUUAAAGCAAUUACUGUAGUUAUAUGGCCAAUGAUCGAACAACCAAAAUCUAACCGAAUACACGCAGCAUUGUGACGCAACAAGAAAUUUAAAAGCACUGCAUUAAUUUAAACAUAUAUACAUACUCGUAUAUGUAAGAGCGAUAUAUAUAUAUAUAUAUAGUUUGGACUACAACUAAACCGUUUAGGGUUUUUGGCAACAACACUAUAUUGCUUACAUCAAUUUAAAGUCGUGCAACGUAUUUAAAUGAGCUAGAGACGGGCAAUGUGGACAAUGAAAUGAGAUAUGGUUUUUUAUCUCAUGUAUACUAAUCGAACAUCUGAUGCUCUGCCAGGCCCCAGAAAAAUCAAGUUGAAAUGAUAAAAAAAAUCUUGAAACUGAUGAUACGUAUAGAAUUUCAAAAAACUGAAACAGAAUGAAGUUAAGCCCUCCACAUUUUAACGAAUGUUUGAUAAUAAAAACGAUCGAAAGUAAUCCGGAAAAACUUUAAACGUAUAAAAUGCUCAAGACGAUUUUACCAGAGAAAGCUUUUCUCAAAUUUUGAACAUAAAUGAAGUUGAGUAGUUGGAAAGGAAAAUUGCAAUAUGUAAACGUUUACUAGUCAUUAAAUAUAAAAAAUGAA